CUCAACAUCGUCUUCGGAGACAGAAACUACCGAGAGUGACACUUCUACCUCUGAGUCUGAGGCUCAAGAAGACUCGGAGGAUUCGGGAAUUAAACACCCCGGCAAAAAGGGGAAAAAAAUGGACUCAAGAAAAAGAAAGCAGAGGGAAGAGGAGUCGGAUUCUGAUUCAGAAUCUGAAUCUGAACCAAGUGACGAGAGCGAAGAAUCAUUGCCUGCGGAGAAGGAGAAGAAAAAGAAAGAAACAAAAACAACUCCAAAAGAAACACCACAAAAAAAGAAAAAAGUAGUUGUGGAGGAUUCACCUCCUGAAGAAGAUCAAUACUUUGACGGUGAGACAUAUGAAAUAUCGAGUGACGAACUCGAUGAAUGGCUAGGGGAAAACGUUAAUAAAUUCACUGGAUAUGUAUUUUCGAGAUUGAUAGCAUAUGCCGGCGGGAAACCUCUCGAGAAAGGCGAAAAGGAGAAGGAAAUUAAAGCCCCAUAUGUUAAAAUUUCAGGCCAAAAAACAAGCUAUGACUGCGCUAUUUACGUAAUGAAGUGGCUUGAGUUAAUAGAGCCGGAAAACAUUAAAAAGGGGAAGUAUGAAUGGGAUAACUGGACACAGGAGGAGGUGGACCACUACAGAGUGGAAUAUGCUUCCCGGAUACUAUUUAGUGAGUUGAAUAGACAGAGAGAUCAGGCAAUUAGAGAGAGUAGUGCUAUAAGGCUGUCGAAGCCAUCCUCUGUAUUAUUGAGUCCGUUCUGUCAGAUUAAUUCUGAGGAUAUAGAAACUGGGUAGUUUGUAAAUUGAACAAAUGAUGUAAAUGUUUGCCAUUCAAUUUAUUCAA